UAACACUUUUUUGGGAGAUGGAUUAUGUCAAUCUCGAGGGUGGAGUUUGGUUUUUUUUUUUUUUUGCACAAUUGCUCGAUCUCUGAAGAGUUUCUCGCUGACUCUUUUACUCGAGUUAUUGCUAUCACAUCGAGUCAAGAUACCUACCUAGAUGUAUGACAUCACGACCUGCCCAGUGAGAAUUUUUGGUGUGCUUAACUUUGAGAGGGGGAGGGGGGCUAGCUAAGGGAAAUUAUUUCUCUUUUAAACUUGUUGCACUCAGUGGAUGUUUACAAGGUGACUAGCGGGCCGUGUUAGCUCGUCUGGUCUCCCCAACUAGAACCGUCAUUUUUUUGUACAAACUUAUGUAUAGGGUAUAUGACCGAAUAUGAGUUCGGGGGGAUGCUGCAAUUUCCUAGUGAUUUAGUCUAGACUCCAGAGAGGCAAAUCAUUCCCACGAAGGUAUGCCCUUUUGUCUGGAUUUUAUCUAAGAAGAAAGCUCUUACUCUUGACAAUCUCAUGAGAAAGGGUGGUUAGUCAUUAGUCAAUCGAUGCAAGACGUGCUAGAACAAGAAAGAGACGAUUGAUCAUCUAUUCAUCGAUUGCGAGUUUGAUAGGAAAGUCUUGAACAUAGUGAAAAAGGGUUGCAACAACUUCGAUCCUCUUUCACGAGACGCUGUAUGUCUUGGAUACAGAGAUGAAGUAUUAUGCCUUGUUCGAUAUUUAAAAAAAGGUCGCAAUCGCAUUAUGUAGCCAUUUGUGGCAUCCAACGCCUAUCUAACUUGUACCAACUUUUCAUUCUCUCUUCUCCUUCCACAUAAAAGAUUCUAUCUUGUUAAACUCCUAAACUUCUUCCCCAUUACGUGGGUAAGUGGGAACUAAUUAGUCGUUAAAUUACGAGCAGAUGGAGUAGUCUUUACCCUUGAAAGUGGAUUUCCAACAAUGAGAUAAAAUUAUCAACAUGGAUUUGGAGGAAGGAACACUCAAAGAUCACCAUCUCCUCGAAGCUCCUCCCUCGCUUAAACACUUGGACCAUGUAAAGGUUCUGGUUCGUUUCGCUGUAAAUGUUGUUGUAAGUUAUUGGUUGGUUUCGGAGAUGGAUGACUAAUUGAGUGGGGUCAACGUGUGAAGAGCAAUAAAGAAGGCACAAAGACUCAGUGCAUCCAUGUGUUUGCCUUAGUCUGCAGACUUGUUGGAAUAUUUUUUUUUUUUGGGUGGAGGAUGCAAAUAGAAUUGACCCGCAUUAAUUAACAACAAAAGAAAGGAACUUCCGGUAAAAGCGUCCCCCCGCGGAACCGGGUCAACCGUUUCGGCAGUCUACUUUAAUUUUCCGGUUGAACUUCUUUCAGCUUGUAUUUUUCAAGUCUUUGUAAACGCAGUGGAGAAGACCAUGACUACGUAACCUACUUUUCUGAUUUUUUUUUUUUAAUGUAAUGAACUGCUAUAUUCUGUCUGGUUAGACUUAGGCAGAAUGUUAUUUAUUUAAGCAAAACAAUUAACGAUUUUUUUCUUCCGGAAGAAGAUGGGGUUAAAAUGCACUGGUUGUCGUUUAAGUAUUGCGUAUGUUGCACGCUAAUUAUCUAAUUAGUUUUUGUUGCAACUAAAUCACAUGAGUCGAAUUGUGGCUGUAACUAAACCAUAUAAAUUUGAAUUUUAGUUGGACCAUUACAAUUUUCAUCCAUAGAUGAGAACUUUUUUUUGGUAAACUUUAUGAAAUUUAUGGUUAGUUUUGACCUUUUUUGGUCAGAUUUAUGAUUUUUGUUGUGUGGUGAACUUUUUAUAUGUUUUAUGAGUUUUUUUGGUAUGUUUUAUGUGUUUCGUGGUGUGAUUUGUCGCAUUUUUUUUGUUCCGAGUUUUCUGGUAUGCUUCAUAAUACUUGUGCUCGUUGCCAGCUAAGGACGAAACGAGGAAUAGAUGAGCAGUACGUCAGUACCACAUACGUGUUGCUUUGAUAAUUUUUUUUAAAAAUGACAAGCGCGCCCCUUCUUUUAAAAAACCAACAUUAAAAUGCGGUCAACUCCUUCGACAUAAAAAAGUAAGCAAAAUGAAAACCUUCUACUGAUUGAAGUUAGUAUUAACACCAUUCUAAUAAUCUAGUUACCAGCACCCUAACUCCAGCCAAUUGAUCAGCAACCGAAACGUUUCCAGACUACUAUCUAUAAAGCUAGAAAUGGAACAGAUAUGAAUGCCUACAAACUACAAAGUGUCCAUUCAAUCUUAAUCAGCUUUGCAAUUGAUUAGCACUUUCGCAGCAAAGUUAGGUAACAUCUUUUCCUCAAUGGAGAGCGGUCGGUCCUAAUUUCCAUGAUUGUGUUUCUAGAAGAAAUAGUUAUCAAAUUCUACUCCUGUAUGAACUAAAUUGCAGUAUUGUCAACAAAAUGAGGUCAGAAUAUGUAGAUAGAACUUAGAAGGAGCAGACUAAGAAAAACCAUCGCCGUUCUGGUAGGUAAGCGCACAAAUCCUGCCGCGGUUGAACUUGAAAUUAAUAUAUCUUCCUCGGCAUGAAAAUGUUUUAACGUUAUUCAGGCCCUAGAGCUGGUCGCAGCUAACCCAGCUUUAACAUGCUAAGAGGGACUAAAUAGAGUGCUAUACCCUCUCCUAGAGUUAGCAUCAUCCUAAUUCCCUAGUGGCACGAGUAAUCAAGGCAAAAUAUUUUGAGGGUGGUGACCCUCUGGAGGCUGAAGUAGGGAGGAACCCUAGUUGGAUAUGGCGAGGCUUAAUGGCCUCAAAGAAUCUAGUAAAGAAAGGAGCAAGGUGGAGAGUGGGGGAUGGAACCAAAAUCGACAUAUGGCUGGAUAAAUGGUUACCCUCAAGUGAUAAUUUUAAGGUGACUUCCCCAACAGUCAACUGGGGAACGUCAACUUCUGUAGCAGAACUGAUUGAUCCUGAUACCAGGAGCUGACGGAUAGAUCUAAUUCAAGCACAUUUCAACCCUACGGACUGCUCCAACAUUCUAAAGACCCCUAUUCCAAGACAACCAACUGAGGACAGAAGGAUUUGGGGAAAAGAAAGAACAGGGGAGUACACUGUAAAAUCGGCAAACAAAUUAUGGGAAGGAAGAAAUGCGAAUGAGGAGGGAGAGCCCUAUAUACCAGUUAAUUGGAAAAAGGUUUGGAGCCUACAGAUCCCCCCUAAGGUGAAGGUAUUUGUGUGGAGAUGGCUGCGGAAUAUUUUACCCACAAGGUUUCGAAUCUAAAACGCACCCAACAAAGAAGUGAUGAUUGCCCUUUCUGUGGCUUAGAAGAGACCCAAGAACAUGUUCUUCGGGACUGUGCAUGGGCUCGCAGGGUUUGGAGGUACAGCACAAUGGACUUAUUGGUGAGUUGGGGGGAAAAUCUUACCUCGGAAGAAUGGUUUUGCGAAUUGCAGGAAACGGAGACUGAAGAUCAACUGGGAUCCUUUCUCGUGGCGCUCUGGUACAUCUGGGAUCAGCGAAACUGUCAUUUAUGGAACAAAAAAAAAAUAGAAGAGUGGGAGAUCCUACCCAGAGCGAGUGAAUGGUUACAAGACUACCUGGAGAAGUAGAUGAGAUCCCAGGCGGAGCCGAAGGAGGAGGAUCAGCGAUGGAAACCUCCGACGGCAGGGGCGGUGAAGAUUAAUGUGGAUGCGGCUUGUUUCGAUGGACAGGGAACGGGAUGGGGAGUGGUGGCUAGGGAUCAGAAUGGGCAUUUUCCGUUUGGAGCAGUCAAGAGAUCUCGGAUUCAGUGGAACCCAGAAGAGGUAGAGGUGCUGGCGGUGGAUUUUGGUCUGGAAAUGGCGAGGAGGAGAGGAAUGGGGGAAGUGGAAAUGGAAUCUGAUUGCCAGGGUAUCGUUCAGCAACUACGCCGAGAAGAGAGAAGGGAAACCGAGGUUGGGCUGAUGUGCGAGGACGUCCGGAUCAAAGCUCAGGCUUUGGGCUUGGUUCGGUGGUAUUGGGAAGGCCGAAAUAAAAACAGACUGGCCCAUAAAAUAGCCCACCUAGAUUGCAAUUGGGAUAGUGAGGAGGUUUGGGAUGAUAAUCCACCUCAAGUACUUGUACCUCUCCUUAGAGAGGAUGCUACUGGAAACUUUGCUACUAUUGAUUAAUAAAUGAAUAUAGUUUUCCUUAAAAAAAAAACAUAAUUCAGAAAGGAAACUAUGGUAACUACCAGAGUUGAAAAUUCAUUCCCAUUUUUGAAUUUCGAUUAAACUAGAAAUCGAUUCGUUUGCAACCGAAAACCAGAUGCUAUUAAUCCAAUCCAGUCUCCGGUAGGAAUGGCAAUGGGGCGGGUUUGCCUAAACCAUCCCCAUCCCCAUCUUCAAAUACACAAACUCAUACCGGCCACAUACCCAUGCGGGGAAAUGUUUUGCAAACCCAUCCCCAUAUCCGUGGGUUUCGGGUACCCAUGGGUAAUACUCAUAUCCGUACAUCCAACAUUAUUAUACCUAAAACUUACAAGAAAAGUUUUAAUUAUAACUUUCAACGAACAUAUUAUAUGAUGAAGUCAACAAAACACAAUCAUUUUUUUAAUAUGGUUCAAAGAAUAUGAUCCUGAAAUAUCCAUUAAUACAUAAUAUAGAGUAUAAUAUUUUUCAAAUUAUUAUGUUCUAACUCUGAUACAUCUACUAAUAAUUAACUAACAUAAUCUUGUUGACAAGGGGGAAAGUGAAAGAGUGAAAUGAGAAUUGAGAGAAAUGAAUUAGGUUUUGAUUAAGAUGGUCACUCAAUUGCAUUUCUACUAUUUAUUUUCUCAAGUUAUCCUCAUCAUCAUUGAUAGAUUAUAAUUUGAUGCACAUAUUUUUUUAUAUACGAAGAAAUUCUCUUGGUGGGGCGGAUAUGGAUAUGAGUAUGGAGCGGGGGAGGCUAAAACCAAACCCGCCCCAUACCAUUAAACUUUUUACGGGUUUUACCCAUACCCGCCCUAUACCCGAUCAAAGCGGGGAUUCCUCGCGUUGACUGGGUCGGGGGCGGUCGGAUACCCACGACUAUGGGUUUGAUUACCAUCCCUAAUCUCCGAUCAUGCUUAUAGGGAAAAUCGACUUGGUUUGAUCAAGUUAAGAAUUAGGACCACUUAAACAUUACAACAAGCCCAACCCACCACCCACAACAAGCCCAGCCCAUAUAUCCAUAGCCAUGCAGUAGAACACAACUAAAUAAGGCCCGACCCCAAGGAAGAGAACAUCCUUCUAAAUCUAACAUAAUCGCUUCCUACAUGUGCAACUGUUUACCACUAAAAAAUCACUCAAUACCACAUUGAUUAUUUUCAAGGAGUGGUAGUGAUUUUAUAAGACCAACUUAACCAUAUUAAUUAAAUUGGUUUAAGCUGGGCCUAAAUGAUGGUAUUUUGGGCUUCAUAUCAGGUACCUCAACACACACCACUUGACCCACCAAACACCCACCCGUCACGCAAGAGGGGUCAAGUGCCAAACGUGUUGACACCCUUCAACAUCAACCACCCAAGUCGGCAUGGUGGAGGCAAAAUUUGGCUAAGUGUUAAGACCCAACCACCAGGGGGUUCAAGCAUGAUGUCAUGCAAAUGGGUCAUCACGAGUACCCGUAGAUGUGAUGCGGCAAAAGAAGGUCAAUUGUGCCACCCCAUGGGGGUCAGUGUGCAUCCAUCAACCCCCAAGCCCCUUGGUGUCGAGCACGCGUCAUGUCAGGUUGGUUAGCACGAGUACCACCAAGCGUGAAGCCUUCACUCACUAAACAAGACACCUCCAUGGCACAAGGGGCUAGCUAUCAAGUGAAGUCAUCAAGGUGCAAUGUGUCAAAUGGCAAGCACGUAAGACAGUCAAGCAGGCUACAUCAAGUACCAAGCAUGGAAGGUAGCAGUUACAAGAGGCAUUUACAUGGCGGUUACAAGUGAUGUCUAUAAAUAGGAGAAACGAAGACGAAUUAAAGGUUCCACAACCAAACAUUUGACACCACAUGUCAAACUUAUAUUUUCUCUGCAAUGUAGCCAUAGUUGUAGCUUUUAGUUUUUGGAGCUCUCACUGAACCUCCAUAGGAGUAGAAGUAAUUUAACUUAGUUUUAUCAGCCAUCAAAAUCAUCAAACACCCUCGUUCGAACAUUGUUUGGAGAGGUGUGAACCGUGUUAUUAAUCGUUGUUCGAGAAGUCAAGCUGCAUUAAUUGAGUUCAAACACCAGAUUUUCCUCGCCGGAAAACAACAACACUAAGACUUUUAGUUUUAGGUUUAACCACAAUAACGAUAUGGUAGGAUCGAGGUUAGGUACGAGAACUCAAACCAAAAUCAAAAUGAGCCACAGUCGGUCAAUCAAUCGAUUAACCUACAACUUCAACUAAUUAAUGCAUUUUCAUCUCAACAUUAAGUGAUUUAAUUAAGUGCCAUUAUAGUAUCCCAUUAAGAGUUCAAAUUGGGUGACAUUAUAGUUUUUAAUUAAGCUGCUUAACUCGGGCCAUAUUGGUGGAUCGGGUACUCCCAUCAAGAAGAAGAAGAAAAGGCAAUGGAAGGAAGGAAGGAAUAGAGGUACUACAUAUUUUCGUGUCAAAACAGGGCAACGAGUUCAAGAGAGGAUUCCAGGAGAAGAAACCAUUGGAUUGUCCUAAAACUUGGAGGAAGGGUUUCACACUUCCUUAGUUUCGAUCCAACUUUAUGAAUUAUCAUUCUGAUAGCUGAUUCGACGGGGGAGGUUGCUGGACAGACAAAGUACGAACUUGUUUUCCUGUGGUUGGGCUGUUGGUUCCUGUGAGGAUUCCAGCGGAACCAACCGUUGGAUCGUUCUCAGACUUUGAGAAUGAGUUCAAGACUCUUUGGGGGUUGAUCGAACAUAGGGAUCGAGGUUCUAAUCGCUAUUUUGGCAGGAGACUCCAAGCGUCGGUGACGGUUGAGGAGUUGUUGUUCGAGGAAGAGCAAUUGUGAGCCGAGUUUGGUGUUGGAAUCGAGAAGGAAAAGGAAGGGAAAGACGAUAGAGGCAGAGCGGAGGUAAGGAGGUCGAUUUCUAAACGUUUAGAUUUAGCUACGUAUAGAGAUAUACGUAGAUGCAUAAUUCUAUGAAUUUAGCGCGGAUUUACCGUCUUUUAGUGACAGAAUAAAACUUGUCAUCUAAAGACUGCCAUGAAUGUUUAUAAAUAAUUUUAAGAAUUUCACCCUUGUACAUUGAUUAUUUUCGGGAUUUGAUCAUUUUAGAAAUUAAAAAAAUUUGUAUAAUGUUUGAGAAUUAAUUUGAUAAUUUUUGGAAUUGAUUUACUAUUUAAAAAAUUGAUCAAAAUUCAUUUUAUUUAAAUAAAAUGCUUUACUAAAGAUUUUUGUUGAUUUGCCGUUACUAUGAUUAUGGUUUGAUGUUACAAAAUUAUCGGGGAAUUUAAAGAUUUGUAAUAAGGUAAUGAAAAUAAUAUAUGAUUUACUUUAAUAAGAAAAAGUUUAUUUAAAG